AUGUUCUUCGGCAUCACCUCGCUUCUAUCAGCAGUGAAUCCAUGUCAUUCUUCGUUCUGCUCCAUACCCGUCGACGGCUCGGCGACAAUGACACCUACAGCCAACGCGCUUCCACCUGUGCUACUACCACCCGGGAUCGAGGACCGACCUGACCUCAUCUCUGAUGUCGAUCGAGCCGCCCACGAACACACUGCUCCCGAUGUUGCGGACUCGGGCACCGCGGUAUCCGUCGCUCGCCAGUCCGAAUCAUCCUCGUCGCUGAGUGGGGACGCAGCAGGGGAGAAGAGCUCCUACGUCAACGAAGCGGUUGAGAAGGAGCGUCGAACUGUUGAAGCUGUCAAUGACCGGGGGGUCGCACGACGGGAGGAACUGAGUAGUCAGGGGGCUGACGACGAUGUCAUCCCAGCUUUGAGCCAAGUCAAAUCGCGCUGGUAAGUGGAGGCGCCUCCAUCGCCGUGUGGUGGCCUCGACUGCGCGACUCUUUCGGUAUCGCGCGAAGGGAAGAGGUAUCCAGUGCAUCUGAAUCGUUUCGAAAAAUGGUGUUGACUUUCCAGGACCAUAUUUGAUCCUUUCAACCGUCGCCCUGUACAACCUCCGCCAAAAACGAUGGACGAUGCGACGACAUUGGCGCUGGCAAACGCCAAUUGGCUUUCGGUCAUGACUUUUGGUGAGCACGAACGAAGGAGUUUCGGCGUAAAGGGUUGAACAGGCAAAACUUCUAACAUGAUAUCUCUUUGGUUCGACAGCUUGGAUACAACCUCUGCUUGUACUUGGGUACAAAAGAGAACUGGCGGUGACCGAUUUGCCGAAAAUGGACGAGACCCGUGAAGCCGCCUUGCUCGCCGAUCGCUUCCUUGAACACUUCGAGCGACGCAAAAAUAAGGUUGAGGCUUGGAAUUCUGCAUUGGAGGAUGGGUCGUAUACGCCGGGCCGAUUGCAGAAUAUGCGGUGGCGCCUCUGGCAUCGCAUGUCGGGGUUCGGGUCGCCCGACGGGAAGCAAAAGAUUGGGCUCGCCUGGGCACUCAGCGACGUCUUUUUCUGGGAGUUCUGGUCCGCCGGUUUGUUCAAAGUCGUUGGAGAUCUCGCACAAGUGACAUCACCGCUGGUGACGAAACAGAUCAUCCACUAUGUCACACAAGCCCAUCAGGCCGCCGCCGGCGUCCAAGGCGUCGAGAUGCCUAGCAUCGGCCGUGGAGUUGGGCUCGCGAUUGGGCUCUUCUUCAUGCAGCUCGUCUACUCGGUGUGCACGGCCCAGACGUUCUCGCGUGGUGGUCAAGUUGGUGUCCUGGCUCGUGGAGCCCUGAUCGCUGCAACCUAUCGUCGGUCGAUCGUGCUGUCCGGCCGGGCAAGACAGGAUCUCAACAACUCCAAGCUCGUCUCGCUCAUCUCGGCCGAUAUCUCCCGCAUCGACUUUGCAUCGAGUUUCUUCCACUUCAGUUGGACCUGCAUCUUCCAGCUCAUCGAGGUCAUUGUAAUUCUCUUAGUUACUAUUGGGGUGUCUUCAUUGGCGGGAUUUGCCUUGGUGGCUGCGGCAAUGCCUCUCCAGACGUUCGCAGUUCGACAGCUGUUCAAGGGCCGACAGGAGUCAAUGAAGUUCACCGACGCUCGCAUCAAGUCUAUUUCCGAACUGCUGAUCGGCAUCAAAAUCGUCAAGCUGUUCAACUGGGAGCGCCCCACGGUCGACCGCGUCCAUGAGAUCCGAAGGAAGGAACUCGGGGGGAUUCGAAAACUCCUCACGAUCCGCGCCGCGAACCUUGCGAUCGCCAUGUCGAUCCCGACACUCGCGUCCAUCAUCGUCUUCGCCGUCUACGCCGCGACAGGUCAUUCGCAAAACCCGGCUGAAAUUUGGACAAGUUUGAGUCUGUUGAAUCUGUUGAGAAUGCCGAUGAUGCUGUUACCAAACUCGCUCAGCACGAUCGCGGACGCCAACUCGGCUCUCAAGCGGGUAAGUCUACUUGUUAGUACAGAGGAACGGACGAAGGCGGCUGAUAUGCUUUGUUCCCCUUUCUCAGCUCACACCCGUCUUCACGGCUGAGACGUUGCCCGAGGCAUACACGGUGUCCGAGGAGUCAAAGACAGCGUUGACGGUGAAGGACGCUGACUUUGAGUGGGAAUCCGCGACACCCCCAUCCAAGAACGACGACAAAAAGAAAAAAGAAAAGGAACAGGCGUCGCCUUCGCCGACCGUGAGCCCGAAGCCGGCCGAUACCGAGAAGCUUGACCCGAUUGUCGAGGAAGCCUCGGCCCCUCCGAGUCGCGUGCAUGACAUUUCGUUUGACGUGCCGCGGGGUCAAUUUCUCUGCGUCGUUGGGCCUGUCGGCUCUGGCAAGAGCUCGCUCUUGCAAGGUCUUCUCGGCGAAAUGCGAAAGACUCGCGGUCAGGUCGCGUGGGGUGGUUCGGUCAGCUACUGCGCUCAAACGGCAUGGGCCCAAAAUCAAACUCUGCGCGAGAACAUCCUCUUUGGGCGCCCGUUCGACGAGACACGAUACUGGGAAUGCGUCCGAGCUGCUUGUCUACUGGCCGAUUUCGACAUGCUUCCGUCGGGCGAUCUGACCGAAAUCGGCGAGAAAGGUGUCUCGCUCUCCGGAGGCCAGCGUCAGCGCGUUUCCAUCGCCCGCACUCUCUACUUCGACGCAGACAUAGUCUUGCUGGACGAUCCCUUAUCGGCAGUGGAUGCUCACGUCGGCGCAUGGCUCUUUGAACAAGUCAUCAACGGGGUGUUGAAAAGCAAGACGCGGAUCCUUGUGACACAUGCGCUGCAUGUCUUGCCCCAUGCCGAUCAAAUCCUCGUGAUGGAGCAAGGCUCGAUCGCCGAGAAGGGCACCUACACCGAGCUGUUAGCCGCCGACGGAGCCUUUGCCCGACUUGUGCGCGAUUUUGGAAGCACCGAGGGCAACAGCCUCGAUCAAGAUGACGCCACCUUGGAUGAGAAGAGUGACGCGGACUCGGAUCGGAGCAACAACGCCAAUGGGAAGGGGGCUGGUGCGGCGGCAAAACCAACUACGGGCAAGGCCAUGAUGCAGAUCGAAGAGAGGAUGUCGGGUGGCAUCUCAAAGUCAACCUAUCGCGAAUUCCUCCGAGCAUCCAACGGAGCUAUCACCGCCCCACUGCUGGUCAUCUCCCUUUUUUUGAUGAGCGCGAUGACCGUUUUGACCAAUCUGUCAUUGACAUGGUGGCAGGAGGAAAAGUUUGGCCAGCGAUCUCAAGCGUUUUACUCGGGCCUCUACGCCCUGCUCGGAGUCUUGUCGGCCAUCGCAACCUUCGCGAUGGGUGUUGCAUCGGUCGUGCUCGGAACUGAAGCGUCGAUCUCGUUACAUCGCUCAGCUCUCAACCGUGUUGUUCGUGCUCCCAUGUCGUUCUACGACACGACACCUCUCGGCCGAAUCCUCAACCGUCUUGGAAAGGACAUCGACUCGGUCGACAAUCGUCUCAACGACGCGCUGCGCAUGACGCUCGCGACGUUUGCUCAGAUUGGGGCCUCGGUCAUCAUGAUUGCUAUCGUCUUCCCCUACUUCCUGCUCCCCGUCGCUGUUGUUCUUGCCGCAUAUGUAUAUCUCUCGCACUUCUAUCGCCAGUCCGCUCGGGAAAUCAAGCGUCACGACAACAUCUUGCGCUCUAGUCUGUACUCGUGGUUCUCCGAAUCACUUGCGGGCAUGAGCACCAUCCGAGCAUUUGGCGAGGGCGAGCGUUUCGUCCACGGACUGGAGAAGCUCAUUGACCUAGAGAACCGAGCCUAUUACCUUACGGUCGUCAAUCAGCGCUGGCUCGCUAUCCGCCUCGACUUUCUGGGUGCGAUCCUUACGAUCGUCGUUUCGAUUGUGGCGGUGGCGAGGCGUACGUCCAUCUCUCCUGCCAGCAUCGGUCUUGCACUCUCCGUUGUCUUGGCCGUCCAGCAAGCGCUUUCGAUGGUCAUCCGCCAGUCUGCCGAGGUCGAGAAUAACAUGGCGAGUGUGGAGCGACUGGUCCACUACCAGAACUCGUUGGAGCAAGAAGCCGCAGCCGACAUCCCCGAAACGGCCCCCGAUAAGUCAUGGCCCCAGCAAGGUCAGAUCGAAUUCAAGCAGGUUGAAAUGGCGUAUCGACCCGAACUUCCACCCGUUCUGCACGGCGUCUCAUUCAUCAUCCGGCCGGGUGAAAAGGUGGGAAUCGUGGGGCGAACAGGGUCGGGUAAGAGUUCGAUCGUGAUGAGCUUGUUCCGGAUGGUGGAACUGAGUUCGGGCCAGAUCAUCGUCGAUGGCGAGGACAUUUCGAAACUCGGACUCGACCAACUUAGAUCCAAACUCGCCAUCAUUCCCCAAGAAGCAGUCUUGUUCAACGGCACGCUUCGGUCGAACUUGGACCCAUUCGGAAUUUAUGAGGAUCAGGCGUUGUGGGAUGCGCUAAGACGCGCUUGGCUGGUCGAUCAAGGCAAUAUUUUAAGUGAGAGCCGCCAAACGAGCCGGUUUACACUGGAUACUGUCGUAGAGGACGAGGGUUUAAAUAUGUCCGUCGGAGAGCGGAGUCUCGUAGCGCUUGCACGCGCUCUGAUCCGGGACUCUCGCAUCGUGGUGCUUGACGAGGCGACUUCAUCCGUUGAUAUCGAGACGGACCAAAAGGUCCAAUCUACGAUCAUGAAGGAGUUUGUGGACAAGACAGUGAGUUUUCGUCCCUGACCUAUUGUCGUCGGGGCAGUUACUGACAAUAAGCUUUUCUGUUGGGCCGCAGUUGAUCGUUAUCGCGCACCGCAUCAACACCAUCAUCUCGUAUGAUCGAGUCCUAGUGCUCGACAAAGGCACUGUCGUCGCAUUCGAUACCCCAGCGGCUCUCUUCGAAGCGGGAGGCAUAUUCAAUGUAAGAGCAGGCAUAGUCAGCACGACUGCUACCCAUUCGCACGGUGGCUGACCAAAAUGGUUCAAGUUGGUUACUUGCAGGGGCUUUGUGUACAGUCGAGGAUCACAUUGGAGGACAUUCGAACCGCUAGAUUGUCAAGAUAAAACUCCUGUUGUAUGUUAACUCCUGUUGUACGUUGCAUAUUGCACGCUUCAUUUGAAACACCAGCGCGUCGAAGGCACCGCGUGGCAUGAAGCCCCUGUCUUUGGAGGACAAAGGGCGAUGCCAGGGUAUCGUCAUAGCAGCGACCGAGCAUAG